AUGGAGACUAAUGAAACACCAGUUCGCAAAGAACAACCAAGCCAAAAAUAUUCUCAUGUUACAGUUGAAACUGAUACCGAGGAAGAGGAAACAAUGCCCGUGGAACGAGUAGUUGAACGAGUUAUUAGUCGACCUAUUACUGAAAAUAUUGUAGCUCCUUAUAUAAUUCGGGAAACUGAAGCGGAAAGAGAAACGCGAACGCUCAGCAAUGAGAUUUCUGGUCUUUGUCUGGAGAUGGAAAAUUUCCAAACCAACAUGCAAGAAUUAUUAGAAAGAAGGUCAGAAGUAGACACAACUGUUUUUGAAGAACAGCAGCAGCAGCAAUUAGAAACCCAAAUGGCUGAAACCCAAACUCGCCUAAACGAAUUACAAGCUCGCUAUAAUGCUAUUCCGGAAGAAAUUCGGCGUUCAAAAGUUGCGAAAAUUCUUGGGUUGAGGCAAGAAAAAGAAGGAAAAGAUACAAGAACAAGUAAAGGCUAUGAAAGUGCAAAAAGUCGAACAAGCCCUUGA